GCGAGACUAAACCUCAUCACAUCUGUCAAAGCUUAGUACAGAGCGUUGGUGUUUUAUCUUCUCGCUAAGUGACACAAUUCGUCAGAUAUUACAAUCCCACACGAUACCCCGUACCAGACCAAGUGAUAUCCCGUAACAGACCAAGCGGCAUCCCACAACAUCCUAAGUGAAGAGGUCCGAAGCUAUACGUUCUGUUGAAACUCUUUUUCAUUUUUCAUAGUCCGCCCUAUCCAAAGCACACCCAUUAGACAUUAUCCUCCCCUUAGAGCGUGUCCCUCCAUUGAAACAGUGUUCUCAUUCAAGAUUCCUUUCUCAAAUGUCAUUUAGCGAUCGAAAACCACUCACCAAGAACCGGCUCUCGCAGGGCAACCCCCGGAAUUCCCUCGGCAACCCCCACUCCCUCAGCAAUCGAGCAUCGUUUGCUCCACAAAUUUCAUCCUCCUCGCCGUCUCCUGUGCCCAAAGCCGAAGAAUCAAACAUCUCUGUGUAUGUCCGCUGCCGUUCACGAAACGCACGCGAGGUGCGCGAGGCCUCCGGCGUGGUUGUCUCCACUAUGGGCCACAAAGGCCGUGAGGUGGUGCUUCAAACCGGACCCAUGGCCAUCAGCAACAAGACCUACACGUUCGACCGCGUGUUUGGAGCUGAGAGCGACCAGGAAACGGUAUUCGAUGGAAUAGCAGCCAAUCUUCUUCGUGAAACCCUUGAGGGCUACAACUGCACGGUUUUUGCGUACGGCCAGACCGGGACCGGAAAGACCUACACCAUGUCUGGGGACAUUUCCACGGCCCACGACGUGCUUAGCGAGAACGCAGGAAUCAUUCCCCGCACGCUUGUGUCGCUCUUCAAGAGCCUUGAGCAACAGAGCGACUUCUCUGUCAAGGUAUCCUUCAUUGAACUCUACAACGAGGAGCUUCGCGAUCUACUCGUAUCUGACCCUUCCAGGAAGGUGCGGAUCUAUGACGACCCGCUCAGAAAGUCGAUCGCGGUCCAGGGCAUGGAGGAACGCUACAUCACCUCCGCCAGCGAAGGGCUCAAGCUCUUGGCUGAAGGGUCGUACCGCCGCCAGGUGGCCUCCACCCAGUGCAACGACCUCUCAUCGCGUUCCCACUCGGUGUUUACCCUCACCGUCCACAUGAAAACCACGGAUCCGUCGGGGGAAGAGCUGGUGAAGGUGGGAAAGCUCAAUCUCGUGGAUUUGGCCGGUUCUGAGAAUAUCAACCGGUCCGGGGCGGAAAACAAGCGCGCCAGAGAGGCGGGGAUGAUCAACCAGAGCUUGCUUACGCUCGGAAGGGUUAUUAAUGCGUUGGUGGAGCAGUCGCCGCACGUUCCGUACCGAGAAUCAAAGCUCACGCGGUUACUUCAGGACUCAUUGGGAGGGAAAACCAAAACGUGUAUUAUCGCAACCAUUUCACCGGCAAAGGUAUCGCUAGACGAGACGAUGAGCACUCUCGAGUACGCCAACCGGGCAAAGAGCAUCAAAAACAAGCCCCAGGUGAACCAGAGCAUGUCCAAAAAGUUGUCGGUGGCAGAGUAUACGGCGGAGAUUUCACGCUUGAAGAGCGAGUUGGAUGCCACCCGGCUGAAAAACGGGAUCUAUUUGGCCGAAGACGCGUUCAGAACGAUGGAAGAUGUUAGCGAGAGCCGCAGAAUCCAGACAGAAGAACAGCGGUUGCGGAUCGAGCUCUUGGAGGAGCAGGCCCGGAAGUACAAGGGCCAGUUCGAAGCACAGAGCCGAGUGAUAGCCGAGGCUGAGCGGGCGUACCAGGCCUCCCAGACGGCGUUGGAGGAUACCAAGAAGCAGUUGCACGACACCGAAGCGCGGUUCAUCCAGGCCAGAGAGGCUUUGAACGUGGAAGUUGCCGUCAGGGAUGAGUAUGCUCGGACGGAAGAAGCAUUGGUGGGGAUCCAUGCGGAGCUUUCAGGGAUGCUAGACGAGUGUGUUAGGGAGAAGGAAGCGUUGAGUGAGAUGGUUUCGCGUAAGGGGGAGGUUCAAGGGGAGAACAUUGCGAUGUGGAAGGAGACACAGACGUCUCUUCUAGGGCAGAGCAAGUGCGUCCAGGAGGAGAUUUCCCAGUUUGAAUACCGGUCCUCGGAGCUUCUUGACUCUCUCAGUACUGACUUUUCCUCUGCCAUUGCGGCGGAAAACGAAAAGCUAGUGCUUCAAAUUGACGGCGUGGCCCGAAUUGGCGAUAGCUUCGCGCUUAAGAUGGACCAUAUCGUGGCCAAGCUCUCGCUGGAAUCUAAUACCGUGGACGAAGCGAUUACCGCGAUGAGUGAUGUCAAAAACGCGUUGAAGGACGAGAUUAGUGGAGACUUGGCCCGUCUCCAGGCCCGGUCAGACCAAUUCAAGCGUGAGGUGUUGGAAAACGUUGAGGAAAUCAAGAUAUCGAUGCAGAUGUCCUAUCACGCCAUCGGCACAAAGUUCAAGCUCUUCUGUGAUACCCUUCUGGAGCACGUCCGGCUCCAGGAGCGCCAGGUGGCGGACUUGCGGGGCCAGGUGGAGCAACACCGGGCUAGCUUCAGCCAGACCAUUGGAAGCAAACGAGAUACCCUCGACCAGAGGGCACAGCAACAAAAGGACGCGGGUUUGCAGCAGCAGCAGUCGUUGUUGGCUGGUAUCGCUCUGUUGGUUGCAGGGUAUUCCCAGGCGCAGCAGCAACGGGAGGAGGACACGUUCGGUGCGGUAACGUCGGUGCUUUCGGACUUGGCUACGACUAAUAAUGCGUUUGCUGAGGGUUAUGCUGAGCACAGCACGGUCUUUUCCAGUGCCUUGGCGAGCUUCCAAACGCAGCUGAAGCAAGACAGGCGGGCUAUCAAAGAGCACUUAAUCGAACAGAGCCAGCUCACGUCGGUGGUUAUGGGCCGUUUCCUGGAGGUGAUUGCGGGCGAGACUCUUGAGUGCAUGGACCAGGAUCGUUUGGAGCAGCUGAUGCGCCCGCUCGACGACUUUUCCGUCAGUUUGAAGCGUGCGAAUGUCGAAAACAUCGCUUCUUCUUGCGCUUUGCUUGAGGAUGUAACCCAUCUCGGGCAACAGUCGUUCAGCGCGAUUUCCCGCGAUUUGCAGGAGUUUAACCGCAACUUGGUAGGAAUUGAACCGGUUGUGAGUGGGUUUGUGCUGGCGCAAGCGCACGCGUUAGGUGAGUUUCGCCAGAAAAGCACUGGAAUGGUGGACAAGAUUCAGGGGAAGCUUACCGCUACGGAAUUGAGGCUUGAGGAUAGCCAAGUUCCGGAGCGAAAAAGCUAUGAGUAUACGAGGGUGGCACCACGGACGGUUUCUCGAGAGACUGUGAUGCAGCGGAUGCUAGAGAACAAGUUGAAGACCGGGCCCUUGAAGAUUGUACCGGUUCCGGUUGAUGAUACGAGUAUGGAUGAUAUUGUUGAUGUGGAGAACCAGAAACCGGUGCUUCUGCCUGUGCCUGAUCGGCCGUUCAAAGUGGUCAAGGCCAGAGGAAAGAUGAGUCUGGCGGGUAGGGCCUUGUCGAGGUCGCAAUCAUCGUUGUAGUGGCGUUGAUGAAAGGUCUAGUUAAGGUGUUGACUGAGUUGUGACUGAGCUAUGACUAAGCUAUGGCUGAACCCUGACUAAGCUAUGGUUAUUCACUUCAAAGGACAAGGAAACCCGAACUGUUUAUAAAUGUAGUGUUUCGGUCAAGUGGACUAUUAAAUAGAAACUUUGGAAACGACACCAAUAAAGGAC